AUGGGAAAAGCGACCAAAAGAUCUCCUGUCCUUACUGUCUACAUAUUCCUAUACAAUGUUACACUGUUUGUCAUUCACCUGAAGAUAUUUCUGGACUUGGUCAAUGCUGUAACAUCAGGAAAUUUUGUGUACAAUGAUCACUUUCCUCUUUUCUGUAUUGGAACAGCUGCACAACUCUUGGAUGUUAUUCAUGGAAUUCUUGGCAUAACCACAACUGGAAUUGUUGCUGGUCUUAUACAGGUAUUUGGACGACUCCUUAUGCUGUUCGUGAUCGAAGGCAAUCCAUCAAUCCACAACCAGUUUUCCACACCUAUUCUUUUGCUGGCAUGGGUGUUAAUUGAACUGUUUCGAUAUCCUUAUUACGCACUACGAGCAUGGGACACGGAAGUAUACGCGCUCACGUGGUUGAGGUACACGGCGUGGGUUCCACUCUACCCGCUUGGACUCACAAUGGAAUGGUUCAGUCUGCUGACAUCAAUAGGACACUACUAUGAAUCUGGCAAGUAUUCUCUUCAAGUACCGUACCUCGAUGUGACGCUGAAUUUCGGAAUAGUCGUGGCAGUCCUAACAUUUGCUGUAAUGCCAUUCGUCAGUAAAACACUCUUGGGACAUAUGACAAGACAAAGGAGAAAUAAAAUGAGUGCAAAGAAAAUGGAUUAA